AUGCAAACAUCAUCAUCAAUUCCAGUCAAUAUUGAUGUAGUCAAUACAGAAUCAUUUCAUAUAUUACCAAAUAGUAAUUUAUCAAUAACAUUUCGUUUUUUACGUCCUGGUGAUCAAUCCGAAGUAAAAUCUCUUUGUCAUGAUUGGUUUCCAAUUGAAUAUCCAGAUAAAUGGUAUAAUGAUAUAGUUCAUAAUAAAAAAUAUUUUGCUUUAGCAGCAUGUGAUGCUUUUACACAAAAAAUUAUUGCUUUAAUUGUUGCUAAUAUACUUCCAUUAGGUAAUUGUAAUCGUGAAGAUCAACAAAUUUUACAUAAAAAAUUUUCAUUAACAACAUCAGUUUGUUAUAUACUCAUAUUAGGUGUGGUUAAAGAAUAUCGACGAUUAGGUUUAGCAAGUAUAUUAUUAGAAAAUUUAUUAAAUACAUUAUAUAAAUAUGAUACAUGUAAAGCUAUUUAUUUACAUGUUUUAUAUUCAAAUACACAAGCAAUACAAUUUUAUGAAUCAAAAUUAUUUCAAUAUCGUUUACAUUUACCAUGUUACUAUUUAAUUAAAAAUGAGUACUUAGAUGCAUAUUGUUUUGCUCGUUAUAUUAAUGGUGGUUAUCCACCUUUUACUUUCUCGGAUUUCUUAUCUAAUGUACGGAUAUAUUUAAUGCGAGCAAAUCCUUGUCAUUUACUUAAUACAAUAAGACAUUUUGUCAAAAAUAAAUUAAUAUUUACAGAUUCUAAUCAACGUACGUCAUCAUAUAAACAGAUCUCACGUAUUAUAUGA